AUGAGUCCAAGAAAACAUCAACAACAGGCAGGUUCUAAAAGAUUUAGGAGAAAUAGUAUUAAUGUACCUAUGAAGAAGUUAUGCACAAGGAGAGGUGGUGGGAAGAUUGGUUCUGCAAAAAUUGGGAAUAAUACUCCAACUAUAGGUACUCAAGAGAGUGUGGUUCAACAAGUUCUAGUUGUUGAUGAGGGUGAAAAUGUGAUGAGUGAAAAUGUGAUGGGUGAAAAUAUCAUGCAAGAAGGUUAUAAUGUGGGUCAAAGUGUGGUUCAACAAGUUCCAGUUGUAGAAGUUCCUAUUGUUGUAGAAGAAGGUGUGGUGCAGGAAGAAGGUGUUGUGCAGGAAGUUCCAGUAAUUCAUAUUCAGGAUGGUCAUAUAAUGCAAGGAGGAACUAGUCAAACAAGUGUGAUGGAAGGUAGUGACACCUUUGGGCAAGUAAGAUCAAGUAUUAGUUGGAAGCUUAAAUCAAUAAAUGAUGAAAUUAAACAAGGUAUUGAUGCAAUUUUACAAGAGGUUAACUUCAAAAACAAAACACAGUCCAGUCCACUAAAUGGUGAUAAUGGGGUGGAAGAUAAUGAUGUUAUUGAGUUUACUGAGGGCAAAGAGGAUGAUAUUCUACCAGAGAUGAUACAAAUAGGACCUGAAGACAUUGCUAAUAAGCUAGAAGCUGGUUAUAGCAUGGCAUAA